GAUACAUGAGGAUAUAAACUUUUGCGAUGAUCAUAGUGGUUUUGUUAUUCAUUUUGAAUAUCAUCGAAUUCGUGAUCGCCAAGCGCAACGAGAUUGGACAUAUACCGAUGAAAGGGAAUUUGUGGCGAGCAAAAUAUGACAACGAAAUCAAUCACAACAUCAGCAAAGAGUUUGCCGCUUUCAUACGACACUGUAGAACUACGAAAUCAGAAGAUACGGGUAUCACAUAUCACUAUUCACCAAAUGGUACUGUAUACACAUUGUCCGAGGUUGAUCAGACGAUGUGCGCGUAUUCACUGGAGCGAUCUAUACCCAGCGAGGCAGACGUUCCUAAUAUUGCAAAUUUCACCCUCUACUUUGCUUGUGACGACACUUGUUGUGCCAUGGAGUGUUGUCAGCGAGAUAUUCAAAUGACAGUAUUAGGUGCAAUAUUGAUCGGUCUAUCCGUGAUAAUACUUGGAUUUUACCUCUCUGUUUACUUCGGAGGCCUCUUCUUUGCGUGGAGGAAUGGAGCACUUGGUCGACGACAGACAUUCAGCGCACGAUCGCCCUCGCAUCAUGUCGAAUCCUCAACGCGUCCGAGAAGAUCUGAGGAGAUUUCACUGAGUUCACGAACGCCCUAGCAGAGUCAUGUAAAGGAGCAUGUUAUGAACGCUUAUAAUUGUUGUUAUCAUUAAAGUGCUCAAUUAAUAUGAUGUGAUUACCAGAAUGUCCCAAAGCUGUACAUACUAAUGAUUUAACAAAAUUAUUGUAUAGUUGUUGUAUACUUUGGACAUAGUCUCAUUCUCCAGUUUUCUCCUGUAAUUUUUUUCAA